ACAAAUAAUAAUAAAGAAUAAACAGGGAAGGGAAAAGCAUAUAUCCCUCCCAAUAAUCCUUUCUCUCCGAUUUGACCUAUUAAUUCAUCUCCUUCGGAGGGAAUCAACCAAUAAAGAGGAACCCAGAAAAAGGAAAAAAAUGUCCGGUAAAGUACUCGGUCCCGCAAUUUCGCUCGUCCUUGUGGUGGGUGUUGUCAUUGGCGUGGUUGCCGUAGUUCAGAGCCCGAAGCCAGACGCGAACAGCACAGGAGAACUGAAAACCACGACCAGAGCUGUGACAGCGUUGUGCCAAGACUCAGACGACCCAAAACUGUGCCACAAUGUGCUUUCCUCUGCAAACAGCUCAGACCCUAAGGAUUACAUUGUCACCGUGGUGAAAACCUCGAUGGACAGUGUCAUAAAAGCCUUCAACAUGAGCGACAAGCUCACGGUGGAGCACGGCAAUACCAGCCAGGGAAUGAAGAUGGCCCUCGACGAUUGCAAGGAUUUGUUGCAAAGCGCGAUGCACGAACUCGAAGCCUCAGGCGUGUUGAUCAAAGAGAGCAACAUCUCGGACGUUACCGACCGCAGUGCCGAACUCAAGAACUGGUUAGGUGCUGUGGUGGCCUACCAGCAAUCUUGCCUCGACGGCUUCGACACCGACGGCGAGAAGAAGGUUCAGGAACAGUUGGAGGCCGGUAGCUUGGACAACGUUGGAAAGCUCACUGGAUUGGCACUUGAUGUCGUGUCAGGGAUUGCAAAGGUUCUUCAAUCCAUGGACUUGAACUUGGCCUUGAAACCAGCCUCUCGUCGCCUUCUUGAUGUUGAUCAAGAAGGGUACCCCACUUGGCUCACCGCUGCUGAUCGCAAGCUCAUGGCUGGAGAACCAGUUAUCCCCCAUGCUACAGUGGCUCAGGAUGGCAGCGGCCAAUUCAACACCGUUCUUGAUGCCAUCAACUCCUACCCCAAGAAUCACCAAGGAAGAUUCAUCAUCUACGUCAAGGCUGGCGUCUAUAACGAGUACAUCCUUGUUGACAAGAAGAAGUUGAACCUUCUCAUCUACGGCGAUGGCCCCACCAAGACCAUCAUCACCGGACGCUUAAACUACGCCGAGGGUACCAAGACAAUGAGAACCGCCACCUUCUCCACUGUUGCUGAGGAUUUCAUGGCAAAGUCCAUUGCAUUCGAGAACACCGCUGGAGCAGCCGGACAUCAAGCAGUGGCUCUCCGUGUACAGGGUGAUCGCUCAGUCUUCUUCGAUUGCGCAAUGCGCGGUUACCAAGACACUUUGUACGCACACGCCCACCGUCAGUUUUACCGCAACUGUGAAAUCUCUGGAACAAUCGACUUCAUCUUCGGGUACGCCACCGCCUUGAUCCAGAACUCGAAGAUCCUGGUGAGGAAGCCCGACGCAAACCAACAGAACAUAGUGGUGGCUGAUGGAACACAACAGAAAAACAUGCCCACUGGAGUUGUCCUCCAGAACUGCGAGAUCACCGCCGACCCUACACUCUUCCCUGAGCGGAUGGUAGUGAAGACAUACCUUGCAAGGCCAUGGAAGGCAUUCUCCAGGGCAGUGUUCAUUGAGAACGUGAUCGGUGACUUGAUCCAGCCAGAGGCCUACAUUCCAUGGAACCCUGCAACUGAGCCCAACACCCAAGACUGCUACUUCGCUGAAUUUGGGAACACUGGACCUGGUUCCGUUGCUAACGCAAGGGCACCCUUCAGCAAAGGUCUCAUCAGCAGGGAGGAGGCCGCACAAUUCACCGCUGAGCCCUGGCUCCAAGCUAGCACCUGGUUGCCUGCCACCGGCAUUCCUUAUGACGCCAGCUUCACCAAAGCUUAAGUUAACGUAGCUCAGACACACGCCAACGUUAAUUGCUUCUUUUCAUUCUUUUUUAUUCUAAUUCUUUUCAUUCUUUUUUUAUUCUAACCAUUUCCUUUUAGCUUAUGCCAAUACACAUCAAGAUCGAUUUGGUAGGCUAGAUAUUUUCUGUAGCUAUGUAGCCAAAAUUGAUCCCUCAACUUGUUUGAGAUGUGAUUGUAAUCGUUAAUUAUAAAUUCAAAUUAAUUCUU